CCCGGUAACCAAGGAAAUUAGAAAAAGUCGCCGCCAUGCCGACCAGGAUAUCGCCGUUAGAUCCCGCCCCAGGGGGGACUCCGCCCACCAUCCGAGUGGCUCCGCCCAUUACUGCCCUGCAGGAGAUUAGGGAGGGGCCAAGGGAGUACAGGUCACAGAGGGGGGGAGGAGCUGGUGUCCUCUUCAACAUCAACAACAGCAACAACAACGAAGAAGAGGAGGAGGAGGAGGAGAAAAGGAAGAAACGAGAAGAAAGGAAGGAAAAGAAAGAAGGAAAAGAGAAGAGAAAGAAAGAAAGACAAGAGAAAAGGGAGAGGAAAGAGAAGCGACAGAAAGAGAAGGAAGAGAAGGAAAAGGAGAAAGAAAAAAAGAAGGAACAGGAGAAAGAGAAAGAAAAGGAGAAGGAAGCCCCUAAGGAGAUUAAAGUCAUUGAUCCAGCUGGUAAUACCUACUACCACUGGCUCGCUAUCAUCACAUUGCCUGUUAUGUACAACUGGACGCUGAUCAUAGCAAGGGCAUCUUUUGAAGAGUUACAGACGGACUACCUUAUGCUCUGGAUCUUUCUGGACUACUCAUCUGACCUUCUCUACAUUGCUGACAUGAUCUUCAGAACACGAACAGGAUUCCUGGAGCAGGGUCUGCUGGUGAAGGAUGAGAAGAAGCUACGGGACCGCUACAUCAACAGCCUCCAGUUCAAGCUGGACCUGGCCACCAUCGUCCCCACCGAUGUCUUCUACGCCUACUUCGGCAUCAACUACCCUGAGAUACGCCUCAACAGGCUGUUCCGGUUCAACCGGAUGCUGGAGUUCUUCCAGAGAACCGAGACGAGAACCAACUUCCCCAACCUGCUGCGGAUCUCCAACCUGGUCAUGUACAUCGUCAUCAUCAUCCACUGGAACGCCUGCCUCUACUACUCCGUCUCCAAGGCCAUUGGCUUUGGUUCUGACAGGUUUGUGUAUCCGGAUCCAAUUAACCCAGAGUUUGGCCGGCUGGUCAGGAAGUACGCCUACAGUAUGUACUGGUCCACCCUGACACUCACCACCAUCGGUGAAACACCGCCCCCUGUCGAGAACUCUGAAUACUUCUUUGUGGUCACAGACUUCCUGGUGGGAGUGUUGAUCUUCGCUACCAUCGUUGGUAACGUCGGCUCCAUGAUCACCAACAUGAACGCUGCGAGGGCCAACUUCCAGGCCCGCAUUGACGCCAUAAAACAGUACAUGACCUUCAGAAAGGUGACGGUAGACCUUGAGAAGCGUGUGAUCAAGUGGUUUGACUACCUGUGGACCAAUAAGAAAGCUGUGGACGAGAGGGAGGUGUUGAAGUUCCUCCCAGACAAACUCAGAGCUGAGAUAGCUAUCAACGUUCACCUGGACACCCUCAAAAAGGUGAAGAUCUUUGCAGACUGUGAGGCCGGUCUUCUGGUGGAGCUGGUGCUGAAGCUGCAGCCCCAGGUGUACAGCCCCGGAGACUACAUCUGUAAGAAGGGCGACAUCGGCAGGGAGAUGUACAUCAUCAAGGAGGGGAAACUGGCCGUGGUCGCGGACGACGGCAUCAAACAGUUUGUCGUCCUCAGUGACGGCAGCUACUUUGGAGAGAUCAGUAUUCUGGCCAUCAAAGGGAGUAAGGCGGGGAACCGGCGUACGGCCAACAUCAGGAGCAUCGGCUACUCGGACCUCUUCUGCCUGUCCAAGGACGACCUGAUGGAGGCCCUGACGGAGUACCCCGACGCCAAAGCCAUGCUGGAGGAGAAGGGACGGCAGAUCCUGAUGAAGGACAACCUACUGGACCUGGAGGUGGCAGCCCAGGGCCCGGACCCCAAAGAGAUGGAGGACAAGGUGGACCGCAUGACCUUGAACCUGGACGCGCUGCAGACCCGCUACGCUAAGCUGCUGGCGGAGCACGAGGCAGGCCAGGGCAAGCUGAAGCACCGACUCACACGGCUGGAGAAGAAGAUGGUCCCGCCCACACUGCCCCCGGGGCCCCCCCCACCGUCGUCUUAG